CGCGCAGCCGAGACUCACCUGUACUGCUGGGUCUGUUUCUGUCGAAAGCCGCUGACAGGUGACCUUCAUCAUGCUGAAGAAGAAGAGCAAGUCCACCACGAUAACGCAGCCGAAACAGGCUGCUCCCACCACAGAACUCACCACACUGAUCGAGAAGCUGCAGAAGAAUGCUGAUAAAGUGGAAAAGAAUAUCUACGAUGUGGAGCAGAACCUCAACAAGGAUGUGAGCAAGAUCAAUGAGGGGAAGCAGCCCCUAUAUCAAGAAGACACCAACAAGAGAAUCCUCAAUUCUCUGGAGCUGCUGAGUGGCCUGGAUGAAGACGUCGUCAACGCCAGGCGCCUUCAGCAUCCGCAGGCUGAGAUGAUAGCACAGGACAUGAAGCAACUGCGUGACAGAGUGACGAAGCUGAAAGAGGAGCACGGCCAUAUCUACCACCUGGUCCGCACUGAGGGCAAGCCCACCAUCAACUGGGGCAACAUGAUGGAUGAAAAGCUGGACAAUCUGCAAAACAAGGGCUUUGGCCAGGACCUGCCCACUGUGGAGAACGAGGUGGAGGAACACAACAUCUUCCACAGCGAGGUGGAGGCUCUGGCUCCUCACAUCUCUGCCAGUGGAGACAAGGAAUACGUCAGCAGCCUUCAGUCAAAGUACAACAAACUGCUGGCUAACUCCAGUGCUCGACAGCGCAACCUGAUGAGCCUGCGAGACUACAUGCAGCGCUGCACCAAUGAGCUGUACUGGAUGGACCAGCAGGCGGAGGAGAGGAUCAAAUACGACUGGAGUGACAACAACCUGGACUACCCCGCCCGGCAGAGGCAGUACGAGAAUUUCAUCAGUAAAUGUCUGGAGUCCAAGGAGGGCACCAUCACCAAGCUGAACGAUGAUGGAGAAAAGCUGAUUGCCUCUGACCAUCCAGGGAAGAAUGUUAUGGAGGCUCAUAUGGAAGCAGUCCACGCGGACUGGAAGGAACACCUGAACCUGCUCAUCUGUGAGGAGAACCACCUCAAACACAUGGAUGAGUACCACAAGUUCCACAAGGAGGCGCGCGACACUCAGGACCUGCUGAAGCGUCUGGACACAGAGAUCAACCAGAAGUACAACCCCGAGUUCAAAGAUAUGUAUCAGAUGGAGGGCCUGAUCAGGGAGCUGGACGAUGAAGCCAAGGCCAUCGAGAACUUUGACGAGCGGGUUAAGGCCCUUCAGAAGCGCAGCCUUCAGGUUUUGCCUCUGAAGUACCGCAGGGAAACGCCCCAGAAGCUGAUCCCUGUCGAGGCUCUGUGUGAAUUUGACACCGAUGAUGGUCAGAUCGUGCGGGGGGAGAGGUACACUCUCCUGCGGCAAAAUGGUUCCAAAUGGGACGUGAAGGAUGCGGCCGGACACAAGAUCACUGCCCCGGGCGUCUGCUUCAUGUUCCCCCCCACCGACCCGGAGGCUGUGGCCAUCGCCGACAACCUGAGCGGACAGCAGAAAGCUAUCAAACAGAAGAUGGCAGCCACCAAAGGAACUCUGCAGAAACGCUUGGACGAGCUGAAGAAGACGAGCGGAACUGCAACCGCUACAGACAAACAGGAACAGCAGUGCCGCCAGCUGAUGGCUGGUCUGGAUAAGGUUGUCAGUGACCUGGACAAACAGGAGAAAUCCAUCUAUGCUCGAGUGCGCCCUCCGCUGGAACAGAAUCGGUCACUGCAGGACAGUACUGACCGCCUGCAGGACAUGAAAGACAUUGCUGCUGCUGUCAGAAGGAUUGAACCAGAUAAGUCUUCUAAAGUGCAGGAAGCACAGAGCUUCUUGGUCUCAAACCCAAAUUGUGCCAGCACAUCUCAACUUCACAGCAAGGUGGAUGAGGCCAACAAGAAGUACACCAAGGUGGAGCAGCUUCUUCAGUGCUCUCAGGAGAAGCUGAAGAAUUCCAACCAGCUGGAGUCAUCUCUGCAAAAUGGAAAAACCUUACUCUCCACCUACGAGAACAAGCUGGCCAGGGAGGAGGUUGCUCCUGCUGACAUCUCUUCGAUGGAGAAAACCCAGCGGGAACUUGCAGAUAUCGGAGCGGACCUGCGGUCACAGAGGACGCUGAUCUCUGACACAGAGCAGAACCUGCGUCUGGCCAAGAGCAGCUGUGAGAACAUGGCCAACAAGUUCCAAGAGCACUGCCCUGACAUCGAGAGGCAGGAAGCUGAUGUCCAGAGACUCAACAAGAGAUACAAUAACCUCAACCAGCAGAUUGACUCGAGGGCUCAAAGCUUGCAGAGAGCCAAGAUGGGGUACAAAAACUACCGCAAUGAUUAUGACAAUUUGAACAGCUGGCUCUCUCGUGUUCCAAAUUACGAGCCCCGUGACACUGAUGACCCAAAACAAGUGGAAACGAAGCUGAGAAAUCAGAGGAACCUGCUAUCUGAUAUAGCGAGAAAGGAGUCUGAUUUAAACAAUGUCUCCAAAAAUGCCCAGCAGUACCAGCAAGCUGUCAAAGACUAUGAGACUGAAGCUGAGAAGUUCAAAUCUAUCCUUGAUCUUGAGGAUGGACUUGUACCUCAGACAUACAAGAGAAGCAGAUUGGAAUCACCUGCAGCAACAGUCAAGGCAGAGGAAGCAGCUAUUGAGGCAAAGUUUACUGAGGUGAAUGCUGUAAAUAAGCAAAGACUGCAGAAUCUGGAGUUUGCCAGCAGUCUUCUGAGCCAGCAAUCUGAGACUAUCCAAGUUACAAAUGUCAAGUCGGUCCAAGCCAGUGCCCCUGGUGAAGAGCCGUGGAGAAUAAGAAAACAGCUAGAAGAUGAGAUCCAUAGGCGGGAGCAACUAGAAAAAGAAAUAGAGACCAUUCAGACUGACAUUUAUAUGCUUGAAGGACAAAAGCCCCAGGAUACAAUUGUUAAGAAGGAGCUAAUUAAAAAGGUUCCAGACCCCCAGCUGGAUGAGGAAGUCUACAAAGUCCAGCAGAAGUUGUCAGAGGAGCGCCGCACUACCCAUGUCCUGGAGAAUGACCUUGAGGUACUAAAGUUGAAGCUGCGUGGCCUUGAGACAGAGGUCAAAGAAGGGGCACAGCAGUACACAGUGAAGGAGGUCUUGCGUAUAGAAAGAGACCGUGGUCAGGAGGAGGCGGUCCGAAAGCUUCGGGAGGAGCUGGAAGAGCUAAAAAGGCAGAGGCUGAUUAAAGACAACGAGCUCAUUGAGAUCCAAAAACAUGUGACACUCCUGGCUGAGGAGAAGAACAAAGAACAAGAGGUAAUCACUGAAGAGGAGGUGAUCAAAGUCCAGAAUGACCCCCAACUUGAAAGUGAGUACAGGGUGCUGCUUGACAGGAAAGAGAAGGAAAUAGAAAGCAGAAAGCAGCUGGAGGAUGAGUUGCAAUUUCUUCAAGAAAAGCUUCGAAGACUGGAGAAGGAGAAAUCAAUGGCUGAGGAAAAGAUUUCCAUCAAGGAAGUGCUGAAAGUUGAGAAGGAUACUGCCUUUGAGAGAGAGGUAGAAAACCUUAGGAGGCAGUACGAAGAUGAGAAGGCCAAAAGAAGAUCAUCACAGCGGGAAAAGACUGACCUCCAGAGGAAAAUUGCAAGCCUGGAGGAGGAGAAGUCUAAGGUUGUGAUUCAAGAGAAAGUACGAGAGAUUGUCCGGCCCGAUCCCAAGGCUGAGAAUGAAGUGGCCAAUCUCCGUCUUGAACUUGUAGAGCAACAGAGGCGGUGUAAAGAUGCAGAGCUCCAGUUGAGAUCUCUGCAGGAUGAGCUGACCAUGCUCAAGAACAGAGGGCCUCAAGUGGAAGUUAAAGAGAUCAUCAAAGAAGUAAUCAAAUAUAAGAUAGAUCCACAAACUGAAAGAGAGCUGGAGAGACUUCGCAAUGAAAUUGUAGAUAAAAGCCACCAGACUGAGAAAUCUGAGCUAGAAAUACGCCAGCUUCGAGAUGAAAUCGAAAGAUGGAAGAAUACCAAACCUCAAGUGCAGACCAAAGAGGUCGUCAAUGAAGUGCUGCAGUACAGAGAAGAUCCAAAGACUAAGGAAGAAAUUGAAAUGCUAAAGAGGAAGCUGGCUGAUGAACAGCAGAAACGCCUGGACCUUGAGAGAGAACGGACAGAACAAGAAGAAAAAAUUAGACUAAGAAAGAUGGAUUUGUCUCAGGUUCGUGAGAAGAUUGUUCAGCAAGAAGUGGUCAAGAUGGAAGAGGAUCCUCUCCUUAAGUCAGAAUGUGACAGCUUCUUACAGAACAUCAACAAUGAGCAAAAACAGAAGGAAAGCCUAAAAACAGAGCUCUACCAAUUGCAGAGACAGAAGACUGACCUGGACAUGCAGCUGGAAGAACUGGAGCGUGAGCGCAGGGCAAGGCGUGAUGCAGAACUAGAGAUCCAGAGGCUUCGGGUUAGACUUAAUGAGCUAGAGAUCCGUGACAAAGAAAAUCGUGAAAAGGUGACAGUCAAACAAAAGGUGGUUCUGCAGCAGGAUCCCCAACAGGAGAAGGAACACUCCAUUCUCAAACUACAACUUGAUGAAGAGCGUCACAAACGCACCCUCCUUGAGAAAGAGUUGAAUGUCCUUAUUCAGCAGCAGAUCACCCUGGAAAAGGUAGAUGUGAAGGAAAGGGUUGUCCGCACUGAGAAAGUCCAAGUUGAACGAGACCCAGAGGCAGAGAUUGAGAUUGAGAACCUAAAGAGAACUCUGGAAGAUGAGAAAAGGAGAAGGCGAGAACUUGACCAAGAACUAUCCACCCUCAAUUCCAGGCUCUCUGAUAUGGAGUUUUCUAACACCAAGUCUACCAAAGAAUUGGACUACAUCCGUGAUGAAAGUAGCCGAUUGCAGCAGGAAAACCAAAGGCUGCAAAAUGAGAUUCGCAAGCUUCGGUCAGAGAUUGAGAUCACAAGCAAAGAGACUCGGCUUAUUACAGAGUCUGCGCCAAGAGAGGAUUCAAAGAACUUGGAGUUGAGGCUUGAUUCAUUACAGAAGGAAUUGGCAGAGCUGAGGGCUGUAACAAACCAGAAGGAUGAAGAGAUAGAGAAGCUUAAAAAGAACCUGGCAGCUGUGAGGAUGAAGAGGGAACAGAGGGAAAGCCAUCUCCGCAGGUCUAUUGUCGUCAUCGACCCAGAUACAGGCAAGGAGAUGCGACCAGAGGAAGCCUACAAACUAGGGCUGAUCGACUGGAAGAUGUUUGUCAACCUGCAGAGCCAGGAGUGUGACUGGGAAGAGAUCUCAGUCAAAGGGCCGCAGGGAGAAUCCUCUGUGCUUCAUGACAGAAAGUCAGGAAAAAAGUUUUCCAUCGAUGAUGCACUGCGCCUUGGACACAUCACAAAUCGCCAGCUUCAGCAGUACUUAAAUAAAGAAAUCUCCAUCCAGGAGUUUGGUGCAUUGGUAUCGGGCAAGAACAGGGGGCUCUAAAAGACACGUUUUUGAUUUUCAUUCUAAAAAAAUCUGUUUUGACUGGUCUUCCUAGCUUUUAAUAUAUACUUAUAUUCUCACUUUAAUAUUGUGGUGACCCUCAGUUACUAUGUGUUUUACCUACGAGUCCCAAAUACACCAUGUAUUUAUUUUCUUAUGCAUAUCUGGCAUGAAUACAUGGACUGAUAUUACCAUCAUCACAGCCAGCCACAUAAAUUUUUGAUGCUGAAAAGUUCGAUCUUUAAUUUCUUUAACUUGGUGACAGGGUUAAGAAUGUAUCUUUGAAAUAUUGUCACUAAAACUCACAAGAGUACUAAGUGUUUCAUUUAUU